AAUAAGAAAGUCAGUAUAAUACAGUAUUAAUUGAUAUAUUUUAUUAUUUUAUAUUUUAUAUAGCCGUGAAAUACUGCAAUGUGCUUUUCGUUUAACACUUGAUGCUGUUCAAACUGUAUUAUCUCAUACUUACAUUGGUGUCACAUUUUUAAUGAUGUAUGGAGCCAUGUGGUCAUUAGGAAUUCAAUUUGAUAUACGAUUCUUUGCAGUUGCUUCUUGUAUGCUUGGUUAUGUGCGUUUAACGGUUAUCGAUUUCUUUAAUCUUGCUGUUCGUCAUAUUAUAUAUUAUUUAGCAGCGGAAAAGCGCAUUAAAGCAUUUCUUCUUCUUGAUGAAUCUCAACGAGAUAAUCGUUUAUUAUCAGAAUCUAUUAUAGAUCUCUCAACGAGUGAACAUCCUACAACAGAAAAUAUACUUAAAAUAUCUAAUACUAAUGAGCCUACAAAAGAUAAAUCUCAUAGUGUUGUAUGUGAUUUGAAACAAGCACGAUGGGCACAAGAUAGCCAUUUUUCUUUAAAAAAUAUUCUUUUUCAUGCUUAUCCAGGUGAUCUUAUUUGUAUCAUUGGUCCCAUUGGAUCUGGCAAAAGUUCUCUUCUACAAACAUUAACUGGUGAAAUAGCAUGUUUCGAUGGGAAAGUUCGAUUACAUGGAUCAUUCUGUUAUGUUCCACAAGAACCAUGGAUUUUUUCAUCAUCAAUCAAAACUAAUAUUCUUUUUGGUAAAGAAUAUAAUCAUAAAUUAUUUAAACGUGUUAUCAAUGCUACUGCACUUGAUACAGAUUUUAUUGAAUUAUCUCAUGGUGCAAACACUCUUGUUGGUGAUCAAGGUGUCAUGUUAUCUGGAGGUCAAAAAGCACGAGUGAAUAUGGCAAGAGCAUUGUAUCGUGAUGCUGAUAUUUAUUUAUUAGAUGAUCCACUUUCAGCUGUUGAUGUUAAAGUUUCAAAACAUCUUUUUGACAAGUAA